AUGACCAAAUUCGAUAUUGAGAUUGUUAGCGACACCGUUUGUCCCUGGUGUUAUGUUGGAAAGCAAAAGCUUGAGCAAGGAAUCACUGCAUACAAACAACGACACCCUGAUUCCCAUGAUACGUUUAGUAUCACAUGGCAUCCAUUUUACCUCGCUCCAGAAGCGCCUAAAAUAGGUGUUGAUAAACGAGCAUGGUAUCUUUCUCGCUUUGGAGAGGAAAGAAUGACAGCAGCCUUCAACCGACUUUCGCAAAUUGGAAAUGAUGUUGGUAUCAAUUUUAGUUUUGGAGGGAAGACAGGAGCUACUAGGGAUAGUCACCGUAUUAUCCAGUUGGGAAAGACAAAGUCGCCAGCCAUGCAAACGAAAGUAGUAGAAUCGUUGUUCAAGUCGUAUUUUGAAGAGGAAGGGGAUAUUACAAACCAUGAAGUGUUGCGCAAUUCUGCAGUACGAGCUGGACUGGAUGAGAAAGAAGUCAACGAAUGGUUGGAGAGUGAGAAGGGUGGAGUAGAGGUUGAUAGAGAAGUCGAAGCUGCGCGAAGGAAUUCGAUUAGUGGAGUACCGAAUUUCACCAUUCAGGGGAAGUAUGAGAUCGGAGGUGCCCAAGACUCAGCAGUGUUCUUGAGGUUAUUUGAAAAGAUUAAGGAGACGGAGGCGUCUUCAAAAGCUUAG